GUUUGAUUUUGUACAUUUUUCGAGAUAUCCUGUAAAAUUUACCGUGUUACCAUGACUCGAAAAAAAAUUGAUACGUCCCGCUGUGAAACUAUUGCCAAAUUGGUGGUCAGCGUCGGCAGUGGAUGCUACAACAAGAUCCUUCUGCGCGAAUCCCUCGUGGCUGAACUUUCAAAAUGGCAUGAUGGAAGUGGGACCGAUUAGCAAACCGAAUCCCCAUGAUCCCCAAAAGGAGGCAACCUCAUUUUUGGAGCGACAUUUUGGAAGCAAGCGUCUGGACUCUGAGCAAAUGAACUCGGAAUUUCAGAACAGGAAGACGAUUAUCUGGCACACUUGGCUGGUGGAGAAGGUGAGGUUUCCUCCAGCUCAGUGUGCGGUCAUCAAGGAAUGGAAGGAUCCCGUCACGGAGACUCUGGGCACUUGCUAUUGUUCCUGGCACUUGCAGAGCUGCAUGGCCUGGCAGCUUAUUAUCAGUAAUCGAAUGACGGAGGCCAAGUGCUUCUGUUCGCAAAUCAAGAAAACGAUGGACAUUGUCAACUGUCUCGUUGACUCGGAAGUGGAACAGGAGAAAACAUUAAAGGAUUGUUCUUCCCCCUUAGCCGUGUUAACCGAGAAAGUGUUUGAUGCCACUGAUAUGCUGAAGAAACUGAAUGAUCUUCUAGAGCUCCAGGAGAAACGCAACCGGAAAUACAAACGCCUGUGUGUAUGUGUAUAGAAACAAAUAAGAAAUCGAAAGACUGCUAUUGGAGUGCUGACCCCUUGAUGUCUGCAUAGAUUGUAUUGUAUUUAUUUUAUUAAAACAUUUCUGCUGUAUUUCCAUAGUGUUAGACAUAUAUCCAUUUAGAUAUUCGA